GCUGGUAUAUAUACACACCUCGGUGAGGGGUAGUGCAUUAGUAGCUUAGUAGCGUUUUUUUGAAUCGUGUUUUUAAAUAUUAUAUACGAAAUGAAGCCUUUUUUGAUAUUUUCUGUAAUUCUGGCAAUCUCAUGUACAACUAAUGCAGGAGAGGCUAGUAAAAAAAGCACAGAAAAAGGAAAACGAGGUAUAUUUUCAAGCAAUAUAGGAAGUUAUGGUGGCAACUCACAUGGUAGCAUCUCUCUUGAGGGUUUUGGAGGUCACGGAACUAGUUUAUCUUUAGCAGGUGGUAGCCAAGGAGGAUCUAUUGAAGGGGGUUAUUCAUCUGGAGGACAUUCUUCAAAUGGUUACAGCGGUGGUAACUACAACUCUUACGGAGGAGGCGGUGAUGACUAUGGGGGUAGCUACAAAGGAGGUAGUAUAAGUUAUGGAGGAGGUAGCAGUAGCUAUGGAGGCGGAUUUGGAGGUAGUCUUGGAAGUGGUGAAGGAGGCGGAUUCGGAGGUGGGACCAGUGGUGGUAGUGGAGGACCUACCAUAUCUACUAUUACUCGAACUGUUCCUGUAUCUGUACCACAACCCUACGCGGUCACCGUUACCAGACCAGUACCUGUACCCGUUCCACAGGCUGUACCUAUCCCUGUAGCAAGACCAGUACCAGUAUCAGUUCCUGUACCUCAUCGUGUAGAAGUACCACGUCCUUAUCCAGUGACCGUAAACCGUCCUGUACCAGUUCCAGUUCCAACUAUAGUAGGUGUACCAGUACCUCAACCUGUUGCGGUUUCAGUUCCUCAACCAUAUCCGAUCACUGUUCCUCAACCCGUCCCAGUUAAAAUACCCCAAAGAGUUGUAGUACCAGUUCCUCAACCUGUUUACGUGGGUGGAGGCAAUAACGGACCUACUGCCAUAAAUGAUAUUGGAGCUGGCUUUGGAGGAGGUUACGGAGGUAGUUAUGGAGGCAGCAGUUUUAGUGGAGGCUAUGGUGGUAGUAACCUAGGUGGAAGUCAUGGAGGCGUAAGCGGAUCAAUAUCUAUCGGUGACGAUCAUAGUUCUGACUUUGGGCAUUCUGGAUCAUCUUACUCGAUAGGAGGUAGUAACGGAUAUUCUGGAGGCUCUUUGUCCCUGGAACAUCAAUAUGGAGGCAGUUCGCUUUCGCCAGGAAACCGCGGGUAUUCUAGUGGAGGAGUUGUUGGUGGAAGCUAUUCAAGUGACCUUUCCAGCGGUGCUGGCUAUUCAAGUAAAGCUAAUGCCGAUGGCUUGUCAAGUGGAGGACAUAGUUACUCAGCUGGUCUCUACAGCGGAGGACAUGGAGGUGGCUUCUCAAGCGGUGAAUACGGAAGUGGUCUAUCAAAAGGCGGAUACGGAUCUGACCUUUUAAGCGGCCUUUCCAGUGGGCUAACCAGUUAUUCAUCAGGUUUUUCAGGCGGAAAAGGAGCCUCAAGCUAUUCCUCUAUUAGUCUUGGGAGCCCCGAAUAUUCUAAACAUUAAGUGUAACUUCAAAAUUGUACUUUUUUUGUAUAUAUAACUGCAUUUUCGCUCAUUGCUUGUAGAGAAGUGAAUGUAACUGUAUUGUGAUAUCAGUAUUGUUUUGUUACUGUAAAUAAAAAUAUUUUAGUAGUGAAAUAAAUUUAUUAUUGUAAAUAGAAAUUUAUUUUUUUAACUC